ACUUCAAACCACCUUCAACCAGCUCCGAGGAAACACUGAAGCACGCUCACCAGGGGCCACAAACCGAGACCCAGAGUCCGACAGCAGAAGCGUUGAAGGUAACCGACACAGAGGUGCAAGAUGCCGGCCACAGAGAAGGACCUGGCUGAGGACGCUCCGUGGAAGAAGAUCCAGCAGAACACCUUCACCCGCUGGAUCAACGAGCACCUGAAGUGCGUCAACAAGCGGAUCGUGGACCUGCAGCUGGACCUGGGCGACGGGCUGAGGCUCAUCGCCCUGCUGGAGGUCCUCAGCCAGAAGAAGAUGUACAGAAAGUACCACUCGAGGCCCAACUUCAGGCAGAUGAAGCUGGAGAACGUGUCGGUGGCUCUGGAGUUCCUGGACAAGGAGAACAUAAAGCUGGUCUCCAUCGACUCUAAAGCCAUCGCGUCGCCCAGGCGCCUUGUCCACGUUCACCACACGCUAGAGCUCCCAGAAGUUCACGUCAAAGAAUGUAUCGAACCGACGGGGAACAGGGUGAUGCGUCCUGCAGUGUUCACAGUGGACACGUUCAGUGCAGGUCAGGGUCAAGUUACCGUCUACCUGGAUCAUCCUGAUGGCACCAGAGAGGAGCUGAAGCCGGAGCCUAAUGAGGGCAAGAAGACGUUUAGUGUCACCUACAUUCCUCAAGUCAUGGGACCUCACAAGGUGACGGUGUUGUUUGCAGGCCAGCCGAUUCCCAAAAGUCCCUUUGAGGUGAACGUGGACAAGGCGCUGGGCGACGCCUCCAAGGUCACGGUCAAAGGGCCGGGAGUCGAACCUGUGGGCAACAUCGCCAACAAACCCACCUACUUUGACAUCUACACUGCAGGAGCCGGUACAGGAGAUGUGACGGCCAUGAUCAGAGACCCUCAGGGCCGCCAGAACAUUGUGGAGGCGAUGAUGGAAGAUAAGGGCGACAGCAUGUAUCGCUGCACGUACCGGCCCACCCAGGCCGGCCCGCACACAGUUACCGUCACUUUCGGAGGGGUGGGGAUCCCCAGGAGCCCCUUCAGUGUGGAUGUGGGACCUGAUCUGCUCUCUCUCCCGCUCUUUUUCAGUCCAUUCGAAGCGACGGUUGGUCGCGAGGCGGGGCCUCAGCAGAUCAGGGCCUGGGGUCCUGGCUUGGAGGGAGGCGUUGUGGGUAAACCUGCCACCUUUGUAGUGGAGUCCAUCGGCACCGAUGUCGGAGUGCUGGGUUUUGCCAUUGAGGGACCUUCCCAGGCUAAAAUUGAGUGUGAGGACCAGAACGACGGGUCGUGUGAUGUCCGUUACUGGCCCACGGAGCCCGGAGAAUACGCCAUCCACGUGACCUGUGAUGAGGAGGACAUUGAGCACAGCCCCUUCAUGGCCCACAUCGUCCCCGACAACAACGCCAGUGACCCAGCUAAGAUCGAGGCUUUCGGCCCGGGGCUUGAGAAGACCGGCUGCCUGGUCAACCAACCUGCUGAGUUCACUGUCAGCGCUAAGGAUGCUGGGAAAGGACCUUUGAAGAUCACUGCUCAGAACGCAGAGGGACUUCCUGUGGAGGUGAAGGUGAGGAGUAAAGGUGAAGGGCUGUACUCCUGCUCCUACACGCCUGCCUCCCCUGUCAAACACACCGUGUCCGUCGCCUGGGGAGGAGUCAGCAUCCCCAACAGCCCCUUCAGGGUGAACGUGGGUAAAGGCAGCCACCCCAACAUGGUGAAGGUGUUCGGUCCUGGAGUGGAGAGAACUGGACUGAAGGCCAAUGAGCCCACUCACUUCACCGUGGAUUGUUCAGGAGCAGGAGACGGUGACGUCAGUGUGGGGAUCAAGUGUGAUGCCAAUAUGGUCGGUGACAAAGAGGCUGACGUGGACUUUGACAUCAUCCCCAACGCCAACGACACGUUCACUGUCAAAUACAUGCCUCCUGCUGCUGGUAGACUCACCGUUAAAGUCCUGUUUACUGACAAGGAAGUUCCUCAGAGUCCCUUUCACGUCAAAGUUGAACCUUCCCACGAUGCAUCAAAGGUUAAAGCAGAGGGUCCUGGACUGGCUCGCACUGGUAUAGAGAGCGGUAAGCCGACUCAUUUCACAGUGUUGACUAAAGGAGCCGGGAAAGCACCGCUGGAUGUUACCUUCUCUUCCCCCGUCAAAGACUUUGACAUCAUUGACAACUACGACUACUCCCAGACUGUCAAAUACACACCUGCACAACAGGGGGAAAUGACGAUUGUGGUGAAGUUUGGUGGAGAUCCCAUCGCCAAGAGCCCCUUCACGGUUGGGGUUGCUGCCCCGCUGGAUCUGAGCAAGGUCAGCCUGGACAACCUGGAUGGAAGAGUGGAGGUCGAUCAGGAACAGCAGUUUAUGGUUGAUACCAAGGGUGCAGGAGGUCAAGGUCGCCUGGAAGUGGCAGUGCUGAGUCCCAGCCAGCAGGCGGUACCCUGUAAAGUGGAGCCUCAGGCGGGGAAAGCAGGCAUCAGUCUGGUCCGUUACACCCCCACAGAAGAGGGCGUCCACGCUGUCAACGUGUCCUACGAUGGACACCCCGUACCUGGGAGUCCCUUCCCUGUGGACGCCCAGCUACCUCCAGACCCGAGCAAGGUGAAGGCGUUCGGUCCCGGUCUGAAGGGAGGUUUAGUGGGAAAUCCGGCAGAGUUCACCAUCGACACCAAGGGUGCCGGCACCGGAGGUCUGGGGCUGACGGUGGAGGGUCCGACCGAGGCCAAGAUCGAGUGUUCAGACAACGGCGAUGGGACCUGCUCUGUCUCCUACCUGCCCACCGAGCCCGGAGACUACCUCGUUAACAUCCUGUUUGAGAACGUCCACAUCCCAGGCUCACCAUUCAAAGCCGACAUCCAGAUGCCCUUUGACCCCUCUAAGGUGGUGGCGUCGGGGUCGGGCCUGAAAAGAGCCAAGGUUGGAGAGACCAGUGUGGUGAAUGUGGACUGUUCCCGGGCCGGACCAGGACAACUCAGUCUGGAGGCUGCACUAGACUCCCCCCCAACCAGUCCUACUGGCUCUGCACCAGGCUCUGGUGUUAAAGCUAAGACAGAGGUGCUGGACAACAAAGAUGGGACAUACACGGUGACCUACGUCCCUCUGACCUCUGGCAUGUACACCCUGCUGCUGAAGUACGGAGGCAAGGCCGUCCCCGGUUUCCCUGCCAAGGUGAUGGUGGAUCCUGCCGUGGACACCUCCAAGGUCAAAGUGUUUGGACCCGGAGUGGAGGGACAAGCUGUUUUCAGAGAAGCCACCACAGCGUUUACGGUGGACGCCCGUCCUCUGACCCGGCGAGGAGGAGACCACUUGAAGGCAGAGGUCAGGAACCCAUCCGGAGCGCUGACAGACUGUGUGGUCACCGACAAUGCAGACGGGACCUACGGCAUUGAGUACACUCCUUUCGAGAACGGCGUCCACAGCGUCCAGGUUCUGUAUGAUGACACACCGGUUCCUAAGAGCCCCUUUAAGGUCUCUGUGUCAGAGGGAUGUGACCCCAGCAGGGUGGUGGCUACGGGCCCCGGACUCGAGCAAGCCCUGACUGACAAACCCAACAACUUCAACAUAAUCACCAGAGGGGCAGGUAUUGGUGGUCUCGGCAUCACUGUGGAGGGUCCAUCAGAGUCAAAGAUGUCCUGCAAAGACAACAAAGAUGGCAGCUGCAGCGUGGAGUACGUUCCCUUCACCCCCGGCCUCUAUGACGUCAACAUCACCUACGGAGGAGAACACAUCCCCGGAAGUCCAUUCAAGGUCCCAGUGAAAGACGUGGUGGACUCCAGUAAGGUCAAGGUGUCUGGCCCUGGGGUGGGAUCAGGGGUCAGGGCAAAUAUCCCACAAUCCUUCACUGUAGACUGCAGGAAGGCGGGCGUGGCCCCGCUGGCUGUGGCUGUCACUGCUACUAAAGGAGUCUCAGAACCCGUGGAGGUGACGGACAACGGGGACGGGACUCACUUGGUGUCCUACACUCCAUCUGUGGAGGGACCGUACUCUGUGGCCAUCAAGUACGCAGAGGAGGACGUCCCCCGCAGUCCCUUCAAGUUUCGGGUUCUGCCCACUCACGAUGCCAGCAAAGUGCGAGCCAGUGGCCCCGGGCUAACCAGUGGCGUCCCUGCCAGCUUCCCUGUCGAGUUCAACAUCGAUGCCAAGGACGCCGGCCAGGGCCAACUGAGCGUGCUCAUCACUGUGACAUCAGACAGCUACGCGCCGAACAGCAGCAGCGUUAACGGCAGCGGCUUCAGGCCGUUCGAUAUGGUGAUACCUUUCGCCUUCAGGAAGGGAGAAAUCACAGGUGAGGUGCUGAUGCCUUCAGGUAAAUCAGCUCAGCCGCUGAUCUCAGACAACCUGGAUGGGACGGUCACAGUGCAGUACUCGCCCACUGAGGCCGGCCUGCACGAGAUGCACAUCAAAUACAACGGCACGCACAUCCCAGAGUCGCCCCUUCAGUUCUAUGUGAACCACGCCAGCAGUCCCAAUGUCACAGCCUACGGUCCCGGUCUGAGCUACGGCGUAGCCAACAAGAUGGCCACAUUCACCGUCUUCACAGAGGAUGCCUCUGAAGGGGGUCUGGACUUGGCUAUCGAGGGUCCGUCCAAAGCAGAGAUCAACUGCGUGGACAAUAAGGACGGGACGUGCAGCGUCAGCUACCUGCCCACUCUGCCCGGAGACUACAACAUUCUGGUCAAAUACAACGAAGAUCACAUUGCCGGCAGCCCAUUCACCGCCAGGAUCACCAAGGACAACCAGCGGCGCUCUCAGGUCAAACUGGGCUCUGCAGCAGAUUUCUCUCUGGACAUUAAUGAGACGGACCUGAGCCUGCUGACCGCCAGCAUCAAGGCGCCAUCGGGCCGUGACGAGCCCUGCCUGCUGAAGAGAAUGGCCAACAAUCACAUCGGUAUCUCCUUCAUCCCCCGGGAGGUUGGUGAACACCGAGUCAGCAUCCUGAAGAACGGCCGUCACGUCUCCAACAGUCCCAUCACAAUCAUGGUCGUCCAGUCUGAGAUCGGCGACGCCAGCCAAGUCAAAGUUCAUGGUGACGGCCUCGUCCAGGGAACCACUUUCAAUAACUCCAGCUUCGUGGUCGACACGCGGGAGGCCGGUUAUGGCGGCCUGGCUCUGUCCAUCGAAGGUCCCAGUAAGGUGGACAUCCAGACAGAUGACAUGGAGGACGGGACGUGUGGGGUCACUUACUGUCCUACUGAACCAGGAAACUACAUUGUCUCCAUCCGCUUCGCUGAGGAACACGUCCCAGGAAGUCCAUUCACAGUGCGGGUGACGGGUGAGGGUCGUAUCCGGGAGAGCAUCACUCGACGACAGAAGGCAGCAUCUGUUGCUAGCGUUGGCAGUGCAUGUGACCUCAGUCUGAAGAUACCAGCGAUUGACAUGCAGGACGUCACCGCUGAGGUCACUUCCCCCUCUGGAGCCAGUCAGCCUGCCGAGCUGGUCGCCGCGGGUAACGACACCUACUGUGUGCGCUUCGUACCCACAGAGAUGGGUGUGCACAGCGUGAGUGUGAGGUACAGGGGUGUGCACGUGCCAGGCAGCCCCUUCCAGUUCACUGUGGGGCCGCUGGGAGAGGGCGGGGCCGCCAAGGUGAGAGCAGGAGGUCCAGGACUAGAGGGAGCACAGGCAGGAGAGCCAGCUGAGUUCAGUAUCUGGACGAGGGAAGCGGGAGCCGGCGGUCUGUCUAUCGCUGUGGAAGGACCCAGCAGGGCGGAGAUCUCCUUCGACGACCGCAAAGACGGAUCCUGCGGCGUCUCUUACAUCGCUCAGGAGCCCGGUGAUUAUGAGAUUUCGGUGAAGUUCAACGACCAGCACAUACCUGACAGCCCCUACCUUGUUCCUGUUGUCGCUCCAGCGAACGACGCCCGUCGCCUCACUGUUACCGGCCUUCAGGAGUCUGGUCUGAAGGUGAAUCACCCAGCAUCCUUUGCGGUGCGUCUGAAUGGAGCGCAUGGCAAGAUGGCAGCCAAAGUCCACAGCCCCUCUGGAGCUCUGGAGGAGUGUGUUGUCACCGAGCUGGAAAGAGACAAGUACGCUGUCCGGUUCAUCCCAAGGGAGAAUGGAGUUCACUUCAUCGAUGUGAAGUUCAACGGCUCUCACAUCCCAGGAAGUCCUUUCCAGGUCCGAGUUGGAGAACCAGGACAGACCGGAGAGCCUGGUCUGGUCUCAGCGUAUGGAGCUGGACUGGAGAGAGGCACGACAGGUACCCAGUCAGAGUUCAUCAUUAACAACACUAAGGCGGGCCCCGGUGCCUUGGCCGUGACCAUCGAGGGUCCGUCCAAGGUGAAGAUGGACUGCCAGGAGGUUCCAGAGGGCUACAAGGUGCAGUACACUCCCAUGGCACCUGGAAACUACCUGAUCAGCAUUAAAUAUGGAGGACCAAACCACAUCACUGGCAGCCCCUUCAAGGCCAAAGUCACAGGUCCUCGUCUGGUGAAUGUGACCAACGCCAGUGAGACGUCAACCCUGACAGUGGAUCCGGCAGUAAGAGCGUCCAGCAGCAGCUUUAACCAGAGCGCCAUGCCCAGGCUGUCCGACUCUGACGCCAGCAAGGUGCUGAGCCGAGGCCCUGGCCUCAGCAAGGCCUUUGUGGGCCAGAGGAGCAGCUUCUCAGUCGACUGCAGCAAGGCCGGUAAGAAUAUGCUCCUGGUGGGUGUGCACGGUCCUCACGUCCCCUGUGAGGAGGUUCUGGUCAAACACUUGGGCAACCUGCAGUACAACGUAAGCUACGUGCUGAAGGAGCGGGGCAACUAUAUCCUGGUGGUCAAGUGGGGUGACGACCACAUCCCAGGCUCCCCCUUCCAAGUCACUGUCCCAUGAUGCACCAAGAAACACGCUGUCACUCCUGCACCACUCUACAUCCUUGUUUGAGAGGACACGUUAGCUGCACCGCAAAUAACUGUCCAAUGAACAAGUUGCUUAACAGAAAUAUGUGUGCUAAUUUUGUUUUCAGACAUGUUCAGUUCAAAGCAGAUGUUUCAAAGAUUUUCUGCCCUGACGCUUUUUUUUAUUUUAUUUUUUUUUACCUAUUUAGUUGUUGGAAUGUUUUUCAAUCUGCCAAACUGCCCUUCGAAAAGAAAACCUUAAAAACCAAUGUAAAGUUGAAGGGAAGAGUCCAUGAAUGGAGACUCGGUACUCUGUUAGUAGGAAACUUUUUCUGCAGUGAGUCCAGGAGGCAAGACAGUAAAAGUAGUAAAUGCUGUGAUCUGGCCUAAAGCUGGAGCUCUAAAUAAACUGGAUAAAAUAAAUGACCUCAUUGGGAAAGAGAAAUCUCACCUAUUGAUUUUUGCUGCCCUGAAAUUAUCAAUUGACAAAUUUUGCACUUAAUACACAAUAGUUUUUAUACUUGAUUGGUAAAUUAAAGAUGGCUGGUUUAACACAACACAGUUGGUAAGAAUGUCCCGACACAACUUGGUGUGUCUGCACGUUUACAAAAUGUUAAAACUAGAUCUGGAAAAGGACUGGACCGAGACAAGUGGAGCCAACCUUUUAAAUGCUUACGUUUAGAAAAAUAACUGGAAUUAUACAGCACUUUGCUUCAGGAACAAGAAGAAUAUGAAAGACUCAUUUAACCUGGAGGUCUGUGAGGUUUAUUGAUGUUUGAUAGAGUACCAGGGAGCCAAAUGACCAGAUUCUGAAACCAACAAUCCUUCAACUUUCUCUGGUCAGUCAGCUGCGACUGGCAAACCAUCAAUUACCAAAUCUGUGCAGAACUUUUCUCAACAUAAUGAUGAAGUGCUGUGAACGAAACAAAUGAGUCAACAUCUCAAUUAAAAGACGUAAACUGGUAUUACCUGCGUUUGGUUUAUAGUCAGCAUCGUGUUUCUUUAAAGUGUGGUUGGACCAGACUUGCUCCGAUAGGAAGUGUCAAACUGUACGCGACUACUGAUGUUUAUUGCUGAUUUCUUGCUCUUGAAACGUAGCUCCCAGAAUCCCAUGAGUACAUAAUGUUGCCAUAACCAAUCAAUUACUGUUAAAGCUGCCUUCACUGUACAACAGACUACUUAAUCGUGUGCUAGAGUUUUGGGUUCAUCGCAGUUUUCUGUUCCUUCAGCUGCAUUUUCACAUGAACAGAUCUGACUUUUAACUGUGUGGCUCAGUCCUGAUGUGCUUCACGUCUGCCUAGAUUGAGUAGAAGUUACACUCUGGUAGGGAUGCUGGACGAAAGGGUUCAGAUUUGAUAUUGAUGUUAAUCAAAGUCUGUCAUCCUUAGUGUUGCUCUACCAGUGAUACUCUUUGCAGUGAAAGUACAAUCAAAUACACACACUGUCAAUCAAUGCAUAAAAAGCUAUGAUCUGAGCUGAAAAAUUAGGUCAGAUUUUUGGAUUGUGUGUAAAUCCUGUAGAAAUCUGGAUGAAUCUGUCUUUGUCUUAUCUGGAUGUUGUUGCCUAAUCAUUGCUACUUUUGAUACUUAAGGGAUCAGAGCAUUUUUGUAUUGGGGAAAAAGAACUCAUUUUGUAUUAGGGAAUGGGUGUUUUAAUGUGAAAUUAAACCCUGAGAUGAUGUACAUUUGAUAAUUAAAAUGAACUAGAAUUAAGAAGAUUGAC